CAGUAGGAAAUAAUGGGAUUUGAUCUCUUUCCCGUUAUCCUAUUCUUUGUAGGAAGUCAGUCAGUGGUGUUUGGUGAAGAUGGAGCUGAAAGAAGAGAUCAAAAAAGAAACAAAAGUUGACGAGCUACCAGGUAUAAAUGUAACUGAAAUACAACAAGAGCCAAAUAACCCAGUGGAGAGAACAGAACAUGGUGACUCUGGUCCCAAGUCUACCCGGUUACUUGUUUUCUUUGAAAUACUAGCUAGUAUAGGGUCUAUCAUGAUGGGAAUGGACCAAUUCGUAGUGAGUGGAGCUUCUCUUUAUGCACAACCUGAUCUUCAUAUUGACUCCAAUCUCUGGUCGUGGAUAACUUCUGGUCCCUUGUUUGGAGCCAUAGCAGGAACUUUGAUAGCUAUUCCACAUAAUGCCUUGUUUGGAAGAAGACCAACAUUUAUUGUUUCCUGCAUUCUUUAUGAUAUUGGAGUCUUCAUGUCUACUUUCGCUCAGUCCUAUGGAGUUUUACUUGGGGGACGUCUUAUUUUUGGUAUUGGCAAGGGAAUGGAAGCCAUGACUUUACCCAUUUAUUUAGCUGAACUGGUUCCCAAAUCACACAGAGGAGGACAUUUGAAUUUGUUCCAAACUUUUCAAAUGUUUGGUGACUUUUUAGGAGCAGUAGUUAGUUCUAUUUUUGCCAAUGUACCCGGAACAUGGAGAUAUAUGUUUGGUUCUGGAUUUAUUGCUCCCACUAUUCAAUUAAUAGGCAUGUUCUUUGUACCUGAAAGUCCCAGAUGGUUGGUUCAAAAAGGACGUGUUGAUGCUGCUCAAAAGUCUUGGAAAAGGAUCAGACAAGACACUAUUAAAGGUAGAAUGGAGUUUGAAGAAAUGGUAGAAAAAGUACAAGAAGAGCGAUGCAACGAACGCAGUUUCUUUUCAGUCGUGAAAGAAGUAGUCUGCAAUAGACGUACUCGAGCCAUGUUUAUUUUUGGAGGAUUGCUUCCAUUUGCAUCACUAUGGAGUGGUUCAGCCGCUGUGGGUUAUUAUAUGUCCGACUUAUUCAAAAGUUUGGGACUGACAAACAAAAAGUCCAUUUAUAUGCAACUACCAGUGGAAUUUGUGAAUUUUCUAUCCGUUUUGCCUGCUUUUUAUAUUUUAGAUAGAUUUGGUAGAAGAAGGGUGAUGUUGACAUUGAUGCCUAUUUCUGUUUUAGCUUUGAUUAUGAUUGGGCUGAGUGAUAUUUCGCACAGCUUAACCACACGAGUCGUUAUAUUUGUGCUUGGGUUCUUUAUCUAUUAUUUUUCAUAUAAUCCUAGUUUUGGAACUUUGGCAUGGUGUAGUGAAUGGAGAGUUGUUUGAGUCUCAUACUCAGAAAGACUGUGGGAAUGGCAUCUUGCGCCUUUUGGAUUUUUGGAAAUGCAGCCAUUUCAACCUAUACCUUUAGUAGACAAAUUGACGCUUAUGGAACGAUUGGUGCAUUUGGAGUAUUUGCAGCUAUCGUGUUUGUAUUUUGGUUGAUAUUCCUAUUUGUGUUUGUGGAUACUUCCAAAUUGAGUUUGGAAGAUGUGAAAGAACGAUUUGAAGGCGGAAUGAGAGCUAUUAUUAGAAGAAACACGAGAGAAAUGAUUGCUAGUAUAAGAAGUAUUGGUGAAAAAUGGGGAAUGUAGUUGAUGGUUUUUAUGUAGUUUGUCUCAACAAAAUACAAAAAAAAAGAAAAACAAAUGGAUACCUUUGUCUGAUUAUAAAGAUAAUGACUCUCUCUACCCAUCAUAGGAAAUUCUAUCUUUCUUCUUGUUGGAGAAGAGAUCUAAUGAGGAUUCUUG